AUGGACUCGAAGACGCCGCUCGAGAGAUGGAAGUCCCUGCUGAUUGUAAUACCUCAUAGAUCAGAGGUCCUAAAAUUCUUUCAUUUCUAUCGUGUCACGGCAUAUCCAUUCAAUCCAAUACUUGCUAACAUAGACCGCUUUGAAUCUGACUUGUGCACCUAUCUCAAUGCUCACGCAACUGGUGAAUUACGUGACCCGGAGAAGAUCACUGAUCGCUGGGCAACUGAUAAGUCUAUUGGCCAUGUUAGCCUUUUAUUGGCAACAUUGGCCGCUGGGGCUCAUUACUCCGAUAUUGAUUGUUCCGAACGACAUGAACUGUCAACUGACUUUGCUCGCCGGUCCUUUCAUGCUCUCCGCUUGGCCAAUUUCCUGUUUCGGCCAUCGCUAGAUAUUAUACAAGCGCUGCUUAUCUUGGGGAACACGUUGCAGAACAUGGGACAGUCUGAUGCCGCAUGGGCACUACUGGGCACAACCAUCCGACUAGCCCAGACCAUGGGGCUGCACACUGAAAGAAGUACUAUUCACUGCCCUGAGCAUGUGAGAAUGAAGGCUAGGACUCUCUGGUCAACAAUUGUCUGGCAGGAUAGUUUACUCUGUCUUUGCUAUGAUAGACCGCCUAUUGUUUCCGUGACGGGAUGGUCUCUGGACAACUCUCUUUUCGAGAGACAAGACUUGUCCUUUGCAGAAGUAAUGCAUUGGCUCUGUCGUAUUAGUCUAGAUAUCAUGCGACCGGAAAACCUCAACAUUGCUGAAUUUGAUCGAGCAUUAGAAGGCCUCCAGCGGCUAGAUUAUGCUUACCAACGGGGUCUACCAUAUCUUCGAUCACGGGAACAUUGCACAACACUACAACAACAUCUCGAGCAUUUGGCCCUCAGGAUGCAUACCUCCUUCUGUGUAUCGGUUUUCUGUCGACCGGCAAUGAACCAGGCCACCCCACAGCCCUUUCUCCGCGACGGCGGUAUUCUUCGGGCUCGUGCCAAAGGGAGUUUGAUCGAUGCUUCCAAGGCAUUUCUUGACUUUCAGGCUCUGAGUACGGUUCCAUUGCGGAGCUGGUCGAUGGUGCAUACUGUGUUGAGUUCGACGCUGCUUCUCUGCAUCUGGGAAGAGACACGCAAUGACCCCGAAUGUCGCAAUCUUCAACAGAAGGUCAUCAACGUCUUCUCAUCAUCUGAUUCAAGGCUCAAUGACGAUGGUACUUCCUUACCGGAAAGUGAUACCCAGUGGUUAUCGGCUCGUCACAUCCGAGCCUUGGUGACCCUACGGAGUGUAUUGGAACGAGAGCAGGAGGCGAGGCCCCCAAGAUCAGAGAACUGGGCCGGAAUGGCCUCGAAUGUGAUGCCGCAAUAUGGCCCUGGACCCCUUGGGUCCAUGGACAUGCCCAACCCGUUCGACAUAUCACCCGUCACGUAUCUGGACUCGAUAAUGAACCUUCCGAUGUUUGAUUAUACACAGGAGAAUGGAUUCUUGUGA